GAGUCUAGUCCAGUGCUGCCUAAGACAAAAAUUCAAAUUUGGCGAGUAGACGACAAACCUCGAGAACACACCCAAUCUUAAUUUCAAAUACACCCACAACACCACCUUCUACAUUGUUGUGAUCUGAUACUAACGUCCUUCUUUUUCUUCUGCUUCUUCUUCCAUUCCAUUCCUCUGUACUUAAACACACCAUACCCCCGCAACACCUCGUUGCCAAACAAAAAAAAAAAGCAUGCCACCUCAUCAUACUCACAUUUGCAACAUCAUAACUCUCCUCUGUGUCUGCUUCUUCAUUCCCUUCACUUCAUGUCUCAACUCAGACGGUCUCUCACUACUCGCUCUUAAAGCCGCAAUCGACGUGGACCCCACUGGAGUCCUCAACUCGUGGUCCGACUCAGUACUCACACCAUGCCAAUGGGAAGGAGUAUCAUGCAACACAAACAACGACCGAGUCACUCAACUCACUCUCCCUUCAAAAUCCCUAACAGGUUACUUACCCUCCGAAUUAGGCCACCUCACUGAACUAACAACCCUUAAUCUCCCAAACAACAACUUCACUAGAACCAUUCCUUCAUCACUCUUCAACACCGUCAACAAACUCCUUUUCUUAGACCUUUCUCAUAACUCUUUCACUGGUCCUCUUCCUCUCUCACUUACUUCGCUUAAAUCUCUUCUACAUUGUGAUUUAUCUUCCAAUUUUCUUAACGGCUCUAUUCCUGAGUCGCUUACCGAAUUAACCGCUGUUACCGGUACUUUAAAUCUUUCUCAUAAUAGUUUUUCCGGUGAGAUACCGCCUUCACUCGGUAACCUUCCGGUGGAAGUUAGUUUGGAUCUAUGUUAUAAUAAUCUCACCGGAGAAAUUCCACAGGUGGGGUCCUUACUUAAUCAAGGACCUACUGCUUUUUCCGGAAAUCCCGGACUUUGCGGGUUUCCGUUACGGAACGGUUGUUCGCAAAAGGUUCCUGAUGUUUUACCUGAUGACGAUGAUCCGGAAAACCCUAACUCGAAACCGAACGCGAUUCGAACCGGUCCGAUUCGAGAUGAGAGGCAGCGGGGUGGUUUGUUUUUUGUUGUGAUUGUUGUUGUGGUUUUGAUUUCUCUUGCGUCAGUGGUUGUUUUGAUGUCGGCGUGGAUUUUCCGGCGAAGGAAGAGGUUGAAUUCUGUGAAGGGUGGGUUUGAAAAGGGAAAGGUGGAUGGUGAGGUUUUGGGUUCCGGGGAAGAGCAGAAGGGUAGAUUUGUGGUGGUGGAUGAAGGGUUUGGGUUGGAAUUGGAGGAUUUGUUGAGGGCUUCUGCUUAUGUGGUGGGGAAGAGUAGGAGUGGGAUUGUUUAUAAGGUUGUUGGUGUCGGGAAAGGGUCGGUUCCGGCAAUGGCGACCGCAGUGGCAGUUAGACGGUUGAGUGAGGGUGAUGAUGCAGCUUUACGGUUUAAGGAAUUUGAGAAUGAAGUGGAGGCUAUUGGGAAAGUGCGGCACCCUAAUGUUGUUCCUUUGAGAGCUUAUUACUAUGCAAGUGAUGAGAAACUUCUCAUUACUGAUUUCAUUCGCAAUGGAAGCUUGCACACUGCAUUGCAUGGUGGGCCUUCGGAAUCAUUGCCGCCAUUAUCAUGGGCAGCAAGAUUAAAAAUUGCUCAAGGAACGGCAAGGGGAUUGAUGUACAUACACGAGUUUAGUGGUAGGAAGUACGUCCAUGGCAACAUAAAAUCAACGAAAAUACUAUUAGAUGAUGAUCUCCAUCCUUACAUAUCUGGUUUCGGACUUACCCGACUUUGUUUGGGUACCUUAAAAUCUACCACCGCAUUUGCACAUAAGCGGCAGAAUUCAAAUCAGUCUAUUGUAGCCUCCGCAAUGAGCUCAAAAGUUGCUGCGUCCUCUAAGAACUACAUUUCCCCUGAAGUGCGCAUGGCCGGUGGAAAAUUCACUCAGAAAUGUGAUGUCUAUUCUUUUGGUAUCGUGUUGUUGGAACUUUUGACAGGUCGGUUUCCGGAUUUAGGACCAGAAAAUGAUCACAAGGAGUUAGAGAGUUUUGUGCGGAAAGCAUUCAGGGAGGAACAGCCCUUGUCAGAGAUUAUAGAUCAAACACUCCUACCUGAGGUUAAUGCUAAAAAACAAGUUGUUGCGGCGUUUCAUAUUGCAUUGAACUGCACAGAACUUGAUCCAGAAUUGCGACCGAGAAUGCGAACUGUGUCUGAGAGCCUUGAUCACAUCAAAAUUCAGUAAAAAUGGACAGUGACAACCUUGUAAAUUUUUUGUUCAUGUUUCUAUUGGCUAACCUUUUUUUUCUUUCUUUUUGGUGGUUUGAAUGGUGUUGAUUCUGUAAGAUUCUUGGAGGUAUUGAAAACUAGAUGUAGCUUGUUUGACAUAAGCUAAUCAUUUCCUUCAAUCUUAGACUUAAAUAGCAAGUGACUAAGGAUGUUGUUAACUAUUGUUAAUAUAUUCGUCUAUCCUUUUUUAUUUGGUUA